GACUCUUUCAAGCCCAGUGUGGAAAUCAGCAGCCAGUGCGAGGAAGACGGCGACGAGUCUGACGAAGAACUCAAGUGUCUUUCUAGUCCUUCCCCUGGACCAACAGAAACCGACUACAGUGUUCAUAAUCAGCCAGACGAAGAAGAAGAAGAACAACAACUACAACAAUCGGAGGCACCUGCUGCUGUUGCCGUUCUCGACCUUCCCCUUAUUCCUCCUCCUCCUCUUCCCGCUGAUGAUAACGAUGAAGAAGAAGAAAAGGAUGUUGUCGGGGCUCUUGUUGUUGCACCACAAGCAGCUCACGUGGACUCUGACGAGGGGGAAAAGCGGGACCGACGGGAUUCGACGGUGUCCACGUCGAGUGUGGACAGUGGCAGCACUGCGAGGUCGGUUCGUUCGGGGGCGUCGACGAGUUCGAGCAUGUCGCGGUCGUCGACACCGCCGCCGUUGCCGAAGACGCCCGUGCCGCCGCCGGAAGUUGUUCUGGUCGAAGACGUUGUAGAUGAUGGAGUAGUUUCUGUGGCGGAUCAAGUGGAACUUCCUGUGAAACGCAAUGACGCCGGGGUUCAAGCCGGGGAUGAUUUCAACUUUGAAGAAUUACCGGUUUUGGAUUCGGUCCCCGUGGGAUUCGCUUCUGAAGAACCUGUGUUGGAGUCGAAGAGUGAUGACGGAGACGAGGUGGAAGAGACGACGAGGAAAAAGAAUGUUACGUCUGUUGAGAUUUGGGCGAGACAUUCUGACGUUCAGCCGACGAAGCAAGAAGAGGUGAUCGAAGUGCCGUUUGUUGUUCGUCGAAUUUCCCCUGAGCGCACGAAUCAAUCACUGCCAGUCUUGAGCUGCUUGGGGAAAAGGAGGCCGACUUCAUUUUCGGAAGCUGUUGGGAUUCUGGACCAGGCCGGUUGUGGUGGGAAGUCGGAAGUACUUCCGCUCAGAAUAGCCUCGCAACUAUCCGAUCCGAGUGACUCUGUUUCUAUCGACGGCCCCAGAGUCGUUUCCAAGGAAAGCAUCAUCCUGACCGGAUCCAGUUCCAUGAUUCUCCCGUCACCGCCUCUUCAGUCCGUCGAGUUGAUGCGAGGACUACUUCCGCAAAUAAGCCAGUCGUUGACCCACUUGAACGUGGCGGAGGACAAGGAACCGGAAGCUCCUGUUGUUGUCGCGGCGGAAGAACGGAGGCCGUCGACGAGUGAGUCGUCGGAACCGAGCGAGUUGGAAGAAGAAGUUCGGAGGUAUUCGUAUCAAGGCCCGCCGAAAAUCUCGCUGGCUUCCUGGCAAGACCGGAAGCCGGAUAAACACGGCCCGAAAAUUGUUGAACCGCCGAAGAGUUUCGCGGAUGAGGCGAUUCCCACGCCAAAUACAGAACCGAAGACGGAGUCGACCUUUGAAAAGAACGCGGAGAAGAAACUCUCGGGCACGACCCAAGUUUCGGAAGGUGUUAGCAUCCGAGACAAGGUGAAGAUGCUGGCGUCCCGACCAUCUGGUGACGCGGAGAACACGAAAGACGCUGUCCCAGUCUUGAGAUCGCGUCCAGUCAGCUUCAUCAAGCCGAGUGUACCGGAAGAAGCUUCGGAGCAGCCAUCUUGGAUGAAGAGAGCGUCUUAUAUUGCGUCAUCUUACGCCAAAGCCGUUCAGUCAGUGCCAGCAGUUGUCGUCACCACCACCGCAGCACCAGCAACAGUAGCAGCACCACCACCGCCUAAAUUUGUUUCUCCACCGCCUAAAGUUGUUUCUCCGCCGCCUAAAGUUAUUUCUCCACCGCCGAAGGUGGUGACGCCUACGCCUCCACCGCCGAAGGUGGCGACGCCUACUCCACCGCAGCCGCCGGCGUUCUACAAGCCCAAGCCCUUCAGGCCGCCGGUUCAAAAGCUACAACAGCAGGUUGAUGGGGGCCGCGGCCGUUUCGGCUCAAACGUUCUCCUUUAUAACUUGCUUAAAUACCAACACUUCGGCGCGGUUGUGGUUGCUGUGAUGGAAAAGCAGGAUGUGGCGUCAUCUGCUCCUGCACCACCACCACCGCCACCAACAGCACCAGCUUCGUGGAAACAGCAAGACACAACUAAUGUUUACGUGACGCGAACUGGGAAGAAGAUCGUGCCGGCAAGAAAUGUUCCAGUGCAGGCGGAUCCGAGGAACGAUUUGUUGUCUGCCAUCAGAACUCAUGGCGGUAGAGGCAAUCUGAAGAAAGUGACAACCACAUCGUGGAACAAUGCGUGA